AUGGACGGAGAUGAUGGUUCGCGGAUGGGGAUGCCGCGACUCCCGCCGGAGUUGACGGACGCUCAGCGCGCCGACAUUAAAGAGGUUUUUUCUAUACUUGACGUCGACGGUACGGAAACCAUCACGCCGAACGACCUCAAAGUCGCUCUUCGAGCACUUGGUUACGAACCACAUAAAGACACAAUCAAGCGGUUAGUUGCGGAGAUGGACAGGAGUGGGGUGUCAAGUAAUCUUAUUCUUCCCGAAUUUGAGGCGAUUCUCCGGGCUAAGCUUUUUACCGAUGACAAGGAGGAGGUAAUGCUCACCUUUCCACACUUUACUCAAGGGAAGUCGGAUUACAUUACCCUCGAAGAUUUAAAGCGUGUGACACAGGAACUUGGGGAGGAUAUCCCGGAGGAUGUUCUCAAGCGGAUGAUUGAAGAGGCGGACGUUUUGGACCACGACAAUCGUGUGUCAAAAGAGGAGUUUGUUCGUAUGCUUCUCACCCCUAAGAAGUAA